GGUGUUUGUCUUUGCACGGGGAGUGUCAGCAACACUGACCCCACUGAUAAGAUAACACACAGCCCAGCCUGCUACACAAACUAAUAUCACAAUACAGCAGCAUGCAUGAGGUGUUCACUGUCAGUGUAUAGUAUAAGUCAACGUUAGUCCGAUAAAAUAAUACAUUAGCUUUGCUGUGCUGAGGAGAAGGCAACUGAGUGAGAGAAGAUGAUCUGCUUAAAGUUACCUGAAGAAGCUUAGAGCUGAAUGACAUUGCUAGUAAAGAUGGAAGAUAGAACAUGUGGCUGCCCAUGCUUGGGAUGACCGCCCUGCCGCACCUGGGGGGGCUUUACGGCGGUUUCAUCACACGCAAAGAGGUGAAGAGCUGGUACCCAACCCUGAAGAAACCCUCAUGGCGCCCACCAAAUGCUGCAUUCCCUGUAGUGUGGACCUGUCUGUACACAGGCAUGGGGUAUAGCUCCUACCUGGUGUGGAAGGAGCUGGGCGGUUUCACUGAGGAAGCGCUGGUUCCUCUGGGACUUUAUGGGCUGCAGCUUGCUCUCAACUGGAUCUGGACUCCCAUCUUCUUUGGUGCACAUAAGCUGAAAUUGGCACUCGUAGACAUUGUGCUUCUCACUGGGACCGUGGGGGCCACCAUGGUGUCUUGGUAUCCUAUCAGCAGAACGGCCACUCUGCUGAUGGCCCCCUACCUGGCCUGGCUGUGCCUCGCCACCUGCCUCAACUACCGCAUAUGGAGAGACAACAGAGAGGAUAAGGACAACAGAGAGGAGUAGCUUUUUUUUAUUUGAAAAAAAGGGCUUUUGUUUGUAUUCAUUCAUGAUUAAGAGAUUUGUGUUGUAACUGCUAUAACUCAAUUAAAAAUAAAGAUUUAUAUCCAAUCUA